CGUGCGCACCUCCUACCUCCAGGACACUAUAUAUAUAGGAACCUGCAUCAUCCAACCACUUGUCCCACCAUCCCACAGCAUCAUGGAGUGGCGCGCCCUUGUAGUCCUGGUCCUCGUGACCGCCUGUGUCAGUGCUCAGACAAAGCCAGGACAGAAUGGCGGAGGAAUUAAUCCAAUUCGUCCAGGACAGAAUGGCGGAGGAACUAAUCCAAUUCGUCCAGGACAAAAUGGCGGAGGAAUUAAUCCAAUUCGUCCAGGACAAAAUGGCGGAGGAAUUAAUCCAAUUCGUCCAGGACAGAAUGGCGGAGGAAUUAAUCCAAUUCGUCCAGGACAAAAUGGCGGAGGAAUUAAUCCAAUUCGUCCAGGACAAAAUGGUGGUGGAAUCCCCCCAAUAGGUGGACCAAGUGGAGGCUUCAAUGGCGGUGGAAUCCCCCCAAUAGGUGGACCAAGUGGAGGCUUCAAUGGUGGUGGAAUCCCACCCAAGGAUGGACCAAGCGGAGGCUUCAAUGGUGGUGGAAUCCCCCCAAUAGGUGGACCAAGUGGAGGCUUCAAUGGCGGUGGAAUCCCCCCAAUAGGUGGACCAAGUGGAGGCUUCAAUGGUGGUGGAAUCCCACCCAAGGAUGGACCAAGCGGAGGCUUCAAUGGUGGUGGAAUCCCCCCAAUAGGUGGACCAAGUGGAGGCUUCAAUGGUGGUGGAAUCCCACCCAAGGAUGGACCAAGUGGAGGCUUCAAUGGUGGUGGAAUCCCACCCAAGGAUGGACCAAGUGGAGGCUUCAAUGGUGGUGGAAUCCCACCCAAGGAUGGUGGAAUCAGCCAAAGUUAAGCUUAACAUCGAGUUUCUCACACAGAGCAAGAACAGUACGGCUGAAGACCUACCUGCUAGAGGACUGCGUGAAGAAGUUCCAUGACCAUGAUAACACUCUGGAUCACGUCAACAUCUUCCCGUCCUGGACACUUUUGAUAUUAUAUUCACCAAGAAACUAGAUGUCUAUUUCAUAUUUAUACCAAUUUCCUGUGUAGCUUAAACAGGUCGGGAGUGUAUUUAUUAUUCUGAUCCUCAAUAAAUGAACAAAUUAA